UGAUGUGUUGUUCCUUUUUCAGUUCAGGACUAGAAUGCCUCAGUUUGGAAACCUGUUAACCCAGUUACAUCUCAACCCCCAACCUUCAGAAAGUGUUCAUGGCCCAAGCCGGCAUCAGACACCAACACUACCUGAGUUUGUAAAACAUGUCAGGAAACUCACCGGGCUGAGGAAGGAAGAUGUUUACUGCAACUUGCGGUCCCCAGACCAGUUAAAAACCACCAGAGAUGACAUCAAUAUUGUUAUUCUCACAGGCCAGGGAAUCUUCUGCAUAGAUGUCAAACCCUGGAGAGGCGCAGUGUCCACUCAGAACCAAAACUGGCAACUGAAAGUAAAAGAAGAGGACCAAAACUUUACCAAUACCUGCAUUGAGCAGACUGAAGAUCCCCUCAAAGCCAUCAUGACCAAGACAGCUAACCUCUGUGCCCAUUUAAAGAGGAGUGGAGUGUCCGUGCGCCAGAGUCUCUUCUUCCCCAGAGUCAUCUUCCUCUCUCCAGACUGCGAGCUGGAUGAGGAGCUGACGAAGAGGAGGGAGCUGGUCUCCCACAGCCAGAUAGACAACUUUCUCCGAUCUUUCAGGGAGGGUUACGUGGCCUGGAUUUCAGACGCACUGACUCCCUCGUGGCUAUCUGGUCAUCUGUCGUACAGGCAGAUGGAGUCAGUGCGAGAGGUCCUGAGGGGGGUGGGAACGUGGGAUCUGGUGCGGCUGCACUGUGGCGAGCAGCUGAAAGGAGACUUUCAGGGCUGCCAGUACAUCGCUCUGGACCGACAGGAGACAGACAUGCUCGAGUUUUCCAGAGUCAAGACACUGUCCGCUGAUUCGCUGUGGGCCCUGCUGGGACACGCUCCUCAGGUAACAGUUAAAAUGUACAAGCGAGGCUCUCAGGGCUGGCUCGGUAAAUCCCUCAACGCCACUACCACCAUCCCGUCCAACACCACUGUGAUCUUCAGGGUCUGUGGGGAGGAAACGGAUGCCAAAAUCCCAGCAAGCACUAUUCACAGCAUCACACUGAGCAUAUGACAGUUUGUAAAAGUCGAAACAGAGAGGAAAGCCAUCACAACACGUGUAACAUUUUCAUGAUGCAAUUGGAAACCAUGUGUUUGAAAAUGAAACAAUCUCCAUUAUUUGAAUGAUCUAUUGUAUCAACAGGUACUGGAGCUUUAAGAAAAACAACAUCUUCAGUUAUAUAUAUUUUUUUUAACUUAAAGCUGCAAUGAGUGAUAGAGAAAGCAGCUAUCAUCAAUUCAAAUUCACAACUUUACAAUUACAGAUGUUUCUUUUCCUUAUGUCAUCUCAUUAAGAAGAAAUAGUUACGUUUAAGUCAAAGUCAUCUUUAUUGUCAAUUUUUUCCACAUGUGCUGGACAUACAGAAAAAUCGAAAAAACGUUUCUCUCCGAACGAAAAAGAAAAUACCAAAUAUAAGGAUAAAAAAAAAAAGCAGAUACAUCUUGAUGUCUUACAGACAGAGAACAACGGAGGUGAGACUUUUUAAAUUGCACAUAUCCAAAGUUGCAAAUGUAUUUAUGUAAUUUAGAUAGUGUGCAGGAGUUUGGCUGCAAUUUUUUGGUAAUUGAAAAUAACAAAUUACCCAAUAUUGGGUAGAAUUUAAAAUUUUGUUACCAUGGUAUUACUAUAAUUGUAAUUUUACUUGUAAUGAAUUCAAGUAUAAAAUGUUAUCAUGACAAUUCUAAUGCAGAUACAAACAAAACAAAGCUAACCCAUUUCAAACCAAGUGCCUUUUACUAUGCACUGUUUGUAUUUGUUUUAAUGUACUAACAAUUUAACUGGUUAAUAUCUAACAUUUUCUAAAUCCCCUGAUUCUGUGAUCCUCAGUGGCAAUAUUAUGUUAACGAUGAUGCUUCCACACAAUUAGCCUGAUUAACUUUCUCUUGUUUUGAAUUUCUAGAGCUGGCCCACACUUUCCACCAGCCAUUAAUGAAUCAUUAUGUAAGCUGAUUGUGCCACAUCAGUUCAGGCUUCAAGUGUUUAAAUGUGCUAAUUGUGGCGGUUAAAAACUGGCGUCCUCUAAUACAACAAGUUAGCGUGUGUACGGGUUAAACGGGCAGUGAUUUACAGUCUGUUUAGACGGUGUAACUGUAAGGUGCUUUAUUAAUAUGCUCCACUGCACAGAGGAGAUGAUAACAUAUUCAAGAGUGCAGGGGCGCAGCCAGCAGCACCAUUCAUAACUGAGUCACUUUCCAUCAGUUACCAGGCUCACACUGCUGCGCUAACAGCUAGCAAUUGUGUUUGCUGUGCCUGGUAGUGAGCCAAAUGAAGUUAUUUCCAUUAAGAUAUCAGUGCCUUUAGCUAAUGCAAUAGAAGGAGCUCUCUGUGUCGAUGGUAUCUUUUCACAUGGCAUCCCUCUACCUGAAACAUCAUUACACUGUACUCUAGCUCCUCACUUUUUCAAAUGUCUGUUUUACUGUUUCACCUGAGGGGGGGGGGGGGGGGGGGUUCUUCAAACAGGGCUGUGUUGGUUACAAUUGUUGGUGCAGAUUUUUUAGACUUUUGGUUUACAGACAGCAUUGCUUGAAUUUACAAGUGUUUUGACAAAUGUAUUGUCUUUGCAUAUUUAAAAUAAAUUCUAAAGGGUCGUCAGGAACUACUUUCUCCACAACACUUGAUGAUGUCACACAAUCUUGUCGUUAGAAGUUUUUACUUGGGAAGUUUCUCUUUGUACUCUGGAUGGUUGCGCACAGGUUAUACUGUAGUUUUAUGAAGUGUUAAUGAGUAUUUUGUAUUUCUGUUUUUUUUUUUGUGUUUGUUUUUAAACCUUAAGCACUUUCAGCAUCAAGCCAUCUUAAAAAGCAUCAUGUUAACCAAAAACUUCCGAUGAUUGAUUUCAGCAUGAUUGUUAAUUGAUUGGUGUGUGUUUUUAUUUCAUGUUUUUUAUGUUUACAUGCAUUUGUACCAGUUUGUCUCAAAAUAAACAGAUUUGAUAAUGUAAA